AUGGACGGGACGCACACCGACUAUCAGACACGAUGGCUUGAUCUGGAUGUUGUUUACCUGCCAUACAACAUCGGUGGCAACCAUUGGAUUAUGGUACACAUCGAUCUGCAGGAUGAUGAGAUCAUUAUGUGGGAUUUGAUGAGGUCGAUGACACCCUUUCCAACUCUGGAGUCGGAGUUACGUCUGAUGACUGUUGUCCUAUCGGCGUUGAUGCACAGGGCCGGUGUUCAGGUAUUGAGGCAGACACUACCGUAUAUGCCAUGGCGCAUUCAUCAAGUAACGUCCGCACCUCAGCAAAGCGGGUCUGGCGACUGCGGGAUGUUUUGUGUUAAAUACUUCGAGUAUGAUGUAACAAGGUCAAAUAUGACCAGCUUAACUCAGGACAACAUUAGUUUCUUUAGGGAGAAAUUAGCCAUAGAAAUGUGGGCAAACCGAUCUAUAUUCUGA